AUGGUCGUGCAUUUUCGUGUAUUCUCGAAAAUUUCCGCCAUCAUUUCUGUAGCGAAUAGCGUCUUCAACGCAAGGGGCGACAAGUGCCACGGUCGAACUAUUUACCUGAAUCUGUGUGCGAGUCGAUUAAGUGUGUGGGUCAAAGCGAAGAGGCAAAAAAGAAGUCACCUAAGAAAUCACUGCCGUCACACUGAAGGACACGAUCAUUCAUCUUUCUAUCAGUUCUUGCAAAUGGAGCACAGUCAUAAGAAUACCGACUGUUAUUUUUUCUAUUAUUCAACGUGCACAAAGGGUGAUAAUUGUCCAUUUAGACAUGAACCAUCUGCCUUGGGUUGUGAAACAAUGUGUGUAUAUUGGAAGCAGGGUAAAUGCCUUGAUGAACAUUGUAAUUUUAGGCACAUGGAGUUAAGAAAAAAUCGUAAAUCAAUUCCAUGUUAUUGGGAAACACAACCUGGAGGUUGCAGAAAACCACACUGUUCAUUUAUGCAUAAGAAUGCUCGUACAAUUACUAGUGAUCCUAUUAAUCCAGUAAAAAAUUUUGAUUUAACAUCAAAAACAAUGAAUCAAGAAUGGUCAAAUCGUCAAGAUGACACAAAAUAUGAUGGAAGUAGCACAGAAUCAGAUCAAGGUAGAGGAAGCAGUGAAGCAGGCAGUUUUAUUGGUAGUCCAGCUGUUGAUCCUCUUAUCGUCAAAUUUGAAGAAGAGUCGGACAAUGAAAGUGUACCGUCUCCUGUAAAGCCGCAGCCGAGGGUUCCUUACUGCAAGACGUAUGAGGAGAUUCGUCUGGAGGAGAUACAAGCUGAAAGUGCUGCCUACUAUUCUUAUCAGACCGAGGACUACCAGAGCGACAUGAGUGGUGGCAAAAUCAAGACAUGUAGGACCAAACGGAUCUGCCUUUAUCCUUCGGUGAUCAAUAAAGAUAAGAAUAACGAGAAGGGAUUGGAUUUCGAGGUUCUCUCAUUGGAUGAAAUUCGUCGCCGGAAGACGCACAAAGAUCUUGAAAAAAAUCUACUAGAGAUUAGUAGAAAUACAGAAGUCAAGAGAAUGGAAUCGAAAAGUUUAAUCAAUGAAAAAGAAGAAUUGACGACUACAGAAUAUCUGAAAGAAGCCAUGAAUACGUUAACCGAGACAAUUUCCGCAAGGGGGAUAAAGAGACGAUUAGAAGAGGAUUGUGAAGAAAAAAAAGAUACAUCUAGGCGUAAAGUGAACUGUAACGUUGAUCGUACAACCUUCAUUGUUACUGGUGCGCCACCUGUUAAACUUAACAGAAGAUCUCCAAGAAGGUUUAUCUCGCUCGAUAGUGAUAUCGAAAACCGAAAAAGUGUAAACAAAACAGUGAAAACUAGCCAAGAGAAGCGGAUUGAAGCGAAUAAUGUGGAAUCAAUUAGAAAUAGUCCAGAAUCCACGUCCGUGGAAAGACUGAAUUUUGAGCAAGUGUGUACGAAUAAUAGAACUAGGAAGAAUGAAGUGGAAAUUAGGUUAUGCGACAGCAGUACGGAUGAAGAUCAAAUGCCAUUAGAAAAGAAUGAAGAGAAGAAAUUAAUCGGUACAUUUACUGUGGAGGAUUCGAAGGAAACGUGUGACAGUUUGUUGAAUAUAAACGAAGAGGAUUAUCUAACACUGGACAUGGCGUCAGAUGAUAUAUUGAAAGACAUCGACGCGUUGCUUAAGGAAAAACCUUCUGUUUGAGAAAGAAGCAAAUAAAGGAUUGACAAAGGGACAGGUACUUAUGAGAAUUCGGUUUGAUCGUUUCUCUGUUUGUUGUUCAUUGAUGAAUAAGGAGGAGAAAUGUUUUGCCAUUUGGUUUGAUUUCCAUCGAUCGAUAUCUAAUGAUUCUAUAUUCUGUCGAAUGUUCUAGCGGAAUUUAUGUUCCUGAAAUAUAAAAUUCAGUUUCUGCUAUAAUCCUAUUUUUUUUCUUUAGGAUUAUUAGAAAUUAUCAAAUUAUUAGAAGAAUUCGAUAAGAAAGAUCAGAUUCGUGAGAAAAAAAAUUAUUUCGAUUUUAGGUUAAAUAAUGGUUCAUUAAUGUUGAAUAUUUAUUAUUCUAGUAUUUUUUUCUUUCGAUAAUAAUAUAAUUUUAAUAUAAUAUAUUUUAUUUGAUGCUUUUUUACGUUUCUAUGUUAUAGCAUUUUAUCAUGAUAUAAUAAUUAUUGAAAACGAAUGCAUUUCUUCCUUUUAUUGUAAAUUUUUUUGGAUAAUUAUGUGCAUUUUAUUCACUUAAAGUAAUAACGAUUGAAAUUCUUGUACGUCAUUGUACGUAUUAUAUUUAUAUACAGGAUAUACAAAAAUAGGGAUUUAAAGCUUAGGGCUAUUUUUAAAUACCCUCUAUAUAUAGAAUGAUUCUAAUUUGACUACGUAGAAUUUUCCUCGUAAAAUUUGUUUAUUAUAUAAAAAAUUGUUUUUAUAAUAAUAUUAUUUUUCUUUCAUUCAGUUGUUUCUUAUUAUUACGAUCUAUCUUAUUUUAAUUUUUCGUAUCAACAUAAUAAGUUUUGUAAAAACUUAAAUUUAAGAGUAUCGAACACUUAUAAUUAUUAUCGCGUAUAAAAAAUCGACUGGUCUUAAUUAGAGUAUUUUUCAACUUAAGAAAAUUUUGUUUUCUCAUAGAUUUUUUUCUUACAAUUUUUAUAUAAUAAACGGUUUACGAGUAGUUUUGUUAGAUGUA